AUGCAGAGAAAUCCGAUGGCGCGCUCAGCCCGCGGGAAGAACCCACCAAAAGAAAGGACCAAAAAGAAUGCAACGGAGGCGACGAGUUCGACCCCUGCGGCCGAGAAAACACCGUCACCGCCACCAGAAGAAAAUCCCACACCACCAGAAGUUCCACCGCAGCCCAUGCCGACCGAAGUUCAACCACAACCAGACAUCGGCCAAGACAACCUCGCCGCCGAAAUUAUCCCCACCGAGGCGGAAUCCGAAGACGAAGAUCUAGACGAAGAGGAGGUCAUCAAGGAAUUCAUGAAGAAAUAUGGAAAAAAGCCGAAGGCAAGCAAGUUCUUCGCCAAGAUGUCGGAGGCAUUUCGGAAACAAGAAGAGGUAAUUCCUGCCAUAACCCCACUUACAAUCCCACCAAGGCCCCAAACCUUGAUUGCAACAACCACUGCACAAGCCUUACCCACACGCCCAGAAAACCCCCAAAUUUUACCCGAAACCCUAACCCAAGAAACGAACCCCCCGAACACUAUUCCUCAAACAGAAACUGAGCCCCUAGCCGAGUCCUCUGUAAAUAAAGAAGAAACUGGUGAGGAGGAGGGUGAUAGGAUAGAUACUGAGGAAUCUGAUAGAGAGGAGGAGGGUGAACGAGUUGAGCAAGUGGAAAUAUUGGAUGAAGAAGCCACUGGGUCAGGGGAUGAGGGAGAAAAGAGAGAGGGUAAAGAUAGUGGGGAGGAUGUUGAGGCGAGGGAGAACAAAGAAGGGGAAACAUGGGAUGUAGAUGAAACAGAAGGGCAGGAUGUGGAGAAGGCUGUAGAUGGUGAGAAGGGUAGUGAGGGUAGAGAAAGUGAAGAAGGAGAGGCAGUUGGUGAUCAUAAGGUAGGUAAAGAAGGUGAAGCGGUUGAUGAUGAAGAAGGUGAGAAUGUCAAUGAGAGGAUUGAUGAGAAGGAAGCUGAGGAGGAAGAGGAGAUUUAUGAGGAGGAUGUUGAGAAGGAAGAGGAAAGAAACGGCAGUGGAAAAGAUGCCGAGAAAGAGAGUGAGGAGAUAGAAACUGACAUCGUCGUGGUGGACGAUACAACUACUGAUGACCAAGUGACUCCGACAGAUGAGAGGUUGACAAGGAGGCAAUCCCGUCGUAAUAUAGGAAGCAAGAGGAUGAGGCAGAGGCAGGCAGGGCCAAGCACCUGA